UUUCUCCAUCCCCAGCUUCAUGCUCUAGCCCAAUAUAAGCGUGUAGGAUGACUGGAGGAGGAAGUCAGAGAUGAGAGGUCUGCAUGAGAUGAAGUUGUUUCCUGGCAUUCGCUCUGCUGGGGGCCGUCUCUAGUCACCGUCUCUCUAAGGGCACCCUGGAGCAGGAGGAACUAGCUGAGCAGGGCAGGUCUGUUCUGGAGGAGGAGCCCCGGGAGCUGGAGCCACCGUGCCCGGGGGAGGGCAAGAGUUUCACGGGGAGAGAUGCAGUGGGCCAGAGGUUUCGUUACAAAGUGAUGAAACAUAACCAGUCCUUUUCUGGGGCCAUGACCGAGUGCACACGGAUGUUCCGCGGCCACCUGGCCUCCAUCCACAGCCACUCGGUCAAUGAGAAACUGCGCAGGGCAGUGAGCUACACCCACCAGGACCAGGUGUGGGUCGGGGGCAUCACCUCCUCCUUGGGCGGACGCACAAUCUCCUACUGGGUAGACCACACCAUCUGGAACUACUCCAACUGGGCCAACGGGAACCCCAGGCGCUCUGGGCACACCUGUGUCGCCCUGUGCUCCGCAGAUGGUCUUUGGAGAAGCUUCGACUGCCCAGACUCCCUGCCCUUUAUCUGCAAGUACUGAGGUGGCUGCUCCCCAUGGGAUCCCACUGCCCUCAUCGCUCUGCAGGCCUGGGACCUCUCCCCUUCACCCUGCCGGAGGCGCCCCUGCUCCCUGGACUUGGCUCUACUCCCAGGCUAGCCCCAGCUCCCCAGGAGGGGGCAGCUUCCGUCCCCUGCUCUCUGUCUUUUCUGUGUCUCCCGCAAUAAAACAGCGCUUCACUCAUCUUC